UGCAACAGUCGUUUUCGCGAACAACAGCGCGACACUACGAGUCGCAACUUCAGUUGUAACCGAUAAUGUAUCUUCAGGAAUACGUGAAAUAUCUCAUAUGCGUUUUGAUCAUUUACUCUGCUGUGCCCCAAGACCGAGAAUUCACAGUUCGAGCUGAGGAACAACAUGGCGAUAGAAAAUCACGAGGAGUGUGGGACCUGAUUUUUGGAAGAUUCAGAACCUGUGGUAGCUGCGUUUGUGGAAAAUCGAAUCGCAAUUAUGCUCGGCUACUCGGAGGCGAAGACACGCAGAGUCAUGAGUUUCCUUGGCUCACGAAUGUUCACGUUAAAUCGAACAAGCUCGUUAGCGGAAUUUUGAUAAAUGAUCGCUACGUGUUAACCGCCGCUAGCCAACUCGUCGGAGCAACGGCCCCAGAAAUCAAAGUGUCUCUUGGCGAAUACGAUCGCUGCAACAUCGACAUAUCUUCGAUAAACUCGAGCGUCGAGACAGUAACGAUGUACCCAGAAUUCAAUCCGGAUUCCCAUGCCCAUGACCUCGCUCUUGUCCGUUUGAGUCGUCCAAUUAAGUUUGAGAAAAGAAUAUCACCGGUGUGUCUGCCCAACCCAGGCUCAUCGUAUCUUGGCCAAGUAGGCACUGUCUUCGGAUGGACCGAGAGCAAAUCGUCCGAUGACAUUGACACAAGAACGUGUCGUCCUCGGAAAUUGGGGCUGCCUAUUCUCGGCUACAACGAGUGUAUUAAAUCGGGAAUAAAUCCGAAGGACUAUCACGACGAUUCAGGCUGUGUUGGUGUCGUUGGUGUCAAUUCUGUCAUUUGCAACAACGACGUGGGCUCAUCCCUCCUGUAUCGAUCGUACACAGGAAUUUACGAUCUCGUUGGAAUACUGUCCGACGUGAAUGAAUGCGACGACAAACCACGAACAGCUGUUUUCACGAAGAUCGGACCUCAUCUCGAUUGGAUAUUACAAAAUACCAAAGACGCUUGUUACUGUACGAAAUAAUUAAUGCAAAAUGCUUAUUCGUGUUAGGGAAAGUAAAUUUUAAUUGAAAAAAUGCGCCGAAUUUCUUAAUAAAUGUUGA